AUGAAGAAUAGAUGGGAUACAAUGAAGAAUAAAUAUAACCAAUGGAAAACUUUGAACAUGAGAGCUACUGGAUUAGGGAGGAAUCCUAACACUGGUUGUAUUGUGGCUUUUGAUGAAUGGUGGGCGGAGCAAAAUGCGGCUAUGUCAGGUUGUAUAACAUUCAGAGAUAACCCACUUGAGCAUGAGGACCAGCAGCGGAUCAUGUUUGAUGCAAUUAGUGUUACUAAUGAGACUUCAUAUGUUCCUGUUGGUGGUAGUGAUGCUCUCCAAACAUGUCAAAGUGAGGAUGCUGCUGAUGCUAUCAGUGAGGAUGGUGUGACACCAAAGGUCACACCCACUUCAGACAAACGGGGUCAAAAAAGACCAGCCCCAAUUUCACCUCCGGAAAAGAAGAAGAAGACUUUUAGAGAUCAAUGCAUGAAGCGUUUAGUGGAUGCAUAUGAGAAGAAGACACAAAGUAGUAAACAGUCAGCCACUUCACAUGUCAUUGAUCAUGUUAGAGAUGAGGUUACUAAAAUGAUUGAUCAAGUCAUUGAGGAUGGUGCUGAGGAAGGGAGUGAUGAGCACUACUAUGCCACACAACUACUUAUGAAGAAGGAGUAUCGUGACAUGUUUAGUACUUUGAAGACACCUAGUGGGAGGUUAGGAUGGCUGCGAAGGGCAUGGGAAGACAAGAACAAGAAUUAG